GUUCAACAUCAUCAUCGAAACACUUAAGCGACCACGCGAACAUUUUACCGGCGUUAACGCACAAACCGGACCGCCGAAAGGACCGCGCGCCACCGCCGGUUUUCCGCGCCUACGCCGCCGACAAUGUCUGCCGUCCAACAGUCGGCGAGCCACGCCAACGACGGUUCGAAAGUGCAACGCGGCGGCGACGACAAUCAACGGCGAAGACCGGUGUUCCAAUUCAGCGUCGAUUACAUUUUGAAUAAAGCCGGGAACGCCGCCGAAACCGAUGCCGCCGAACAGCAGCACCACUCGCACCGUUACGACUGGCUGUUGUGCACCAGAUUCAAACCGCCCAAGCUCGACAGAACGAAAAAGAAAGACGGACAGCAAAAGCAGAAACGUAGGCCAGGCCGCAAUCCAAGGAUACCUUUUACCACGGACCAAGUGGCCACUUUGGAACGCGAAUUUCGACAAAACGCUUACUUGGGAGGCGCCAACGACGUACAGAGGCUGUCCGAGCGAUUGCGACUAUCAGAAAGUAGAAUAAAGAUAUGGUUCCAAAACCGUCGUGCUCGGGAACGCCGGGAUCAUCACAAUGGACACACCACAACACCGGCCACGACAAACGAUAACGCCCAUUGUCAAUUCCUUCAAACGUCUACCACAUCUGCGUUUAGACCCUUGAGCCGUUUAACGUGAAACGACUUUUGUAAAAAAAAAUAAUAAUUGUUCAAAACUGUGAAUACCAAAAAAAAAACUUUUUUUCCAAUGUUAAGUGUUGAACU